AUGCAUAACCGCAAUGAUGUCCGAGAGUCAUGUUGCGCAGGAGUUGGAAAAAGUUGUCUAUUGCUGAGAUUUACCGACAAGAGGUUCAAACCUGACCAUGAUCUCACUAUAGGAGUAGAAUUUGGUACACGUCUUAUUAAUGUCAAGGGAAAUACCAUAAAAUUACAAAUUUGGGACACCGCUGGUCAAGAGAGCUUCCGUUCAAUCACGCGCUCCUACUACAGAGGAGCGGCAGGGGCGCUGCUGGUGUUCGAUAUAUCGCGUCGAUCUACAUUCGAACACCUCACAAAAUGGCUUGAGGAGGUCAAAGACCAUGGAUCACCUACCAUGACCAUCAUACUCAUCGGAAACAAAACCGAUGUGAGCAGACGCGAAGUAGAAUAUGACGAAGGCAAGGCCUUCGCGGACGAAAACAACCUCAUAUAUAUGGAAACGUCGGCCAAAGGAGACUACAACGUGGAGGAAGCGUUCCUAACAACGGCAACUAUGAUUUAUGACAACGUUAUGCGAGGAAUGUUUGAUGUCGAAUCAGGCGUAUACGGUGUAAAAAAGGGCCCACAAGCCAGCGUCAACUCAAUGAGAAGAAACGUUAAUUUGCGCCAGAGCGGGUCAGGCUUCUUUGCGAACGCGUGCUGCCUGCGUUAG